GUUACAUUUACCGUAUGCUAAAUCACCCUGCACGAGACGUCGGCAAGUGGCCCUAACAUAAAAGACAAUAGUUAAUUUUAAACGUAUCAGUUUACGUGUUUUACACGAGCUGGACAUGACUUCUAGGUGUGACAUAGAACAGGUGAACUUUGGUCACUACGCCAACAAUUUAAUGAGCCUGAAAUUGUGGGAAAAAGAAAACAAAACAAUUGUAGUUAUAUCUAUUGUUGAGUCAGCUUCCUCGGAACACCGGUUUCGCCGGCGCUACAUGUACAGGUUUUCAAGACUAACUAGACAAUUUAAAGCAUCAAUUUACUGUAAUAGCGCAUGACAUAACAUUGUUGAACUUUGGUUACGAAAACAACAACUUAUUGAACUUAAAAUUGGAGUAAAAUAAUAGGUUUGAAUUAAUCUGAGAAUAUAGAAAACAAAUCGAAAGCGAAACACUCAAAACUCGAAAAUGAAACAUCCAAACCUCUGAAAGGUUAUCUAAGGGUUAUCUAUCUAUCUAUCUAUCUAAAUGAAGAAUGCGAGACCAUUCGCACUGAUCUGAACUGAAUGAACUCGAAAACAAAACGCCUAAAACUCGAAAACAGAACAACGAAACACGAAAGCGAAACACCCAAAACUCGAAAACAAAGUGUUGAACACUCGAAAACAAAGUGCUGAAAACUCGAAAGCAAAGUGUUAAAAACUCGAAAACAAUACUCUCAAAAAUCGAGAAAGCCGGAUCAUCCCUGGUGCAUGUGGUGAGAUGUGCGAAGAUUUCCGCUUUGAAACUUUUGUCAGCCAUUUUUGUUCUUCUUACAUAUUUUGUUUCUAAAUUUUACAGAUUUAAAUAUAGAAACUAAAACAAGGAUUUUACUUAUCUAGGAAUGAGCUUUUCAAAGCUUUUUUCCAACGAAUGGUAAAAUAAUUUUGUGAACAAAGUGGAUGCACGUGCCGGGUUCGAUUCUCUGCUAUCGAACACCGCGACAAUCGAUGUGCAGUCACACUAUUUCCCAGCUUUGUUUGUUUCCUCCAUGGCAUUGUUUUCGAGGUUUUCGGUAAGGACGCUCACUUUUAGGUGCUUCAUUUUUUUUUGGCUGAGUACAAACGCUUUUUCACCUCAAAAUAAAUAAGUGAAUAAUUUUAAAGGGAGGUGGGUUUGUAUAAAAGACCCCGCGUGCGUGGAGGCUCUGGGAACGAACAUUUUGUCCCAGUUCUCUUUCAGCGCCGACUUCCCCGUCUCAGACUUUAGCCAGGUUAGCCACGGUCUUUGCAUUUGGACUUAGAAGUUUCUUUGUUUUCCUUCUCGAUUAACAAGGAAGAAGGUCUACAGCGGAAGAGAUAAAACUCGUGUCGUUGCGUGACAUUGUGGACAUCUGGCGACACGUCGUUUUGGACAUCUUCUUCAGUAUUGUAAAAUGCAAAUUUUGGCCUCAUUUGUUGCGGCAUCGUAUUGUUGGACAGAUCUGCACUUUUUAAAAUAUCACCUGCCCUCAGUAGUUCAGAUACAACAUCGACACCGCAGAAAUAGCACGGAAUAUCUUCGCUGUUUCAGUGCCACUCAAAGGUCCGAGAAGUUCAGCUGACACUGCGGUGUUCGUUUUCACGAAGACGAGUCCCUUUGUUAUUGGUCGAAAAUAUAAACGGCAUUUUAGUAUUUAGUGAGACGAAAACGUGAAUUUGUCUGUUAAUACGGGAAGUCUCCCGAGGCAAGUGUUAAAGAAAAGAGAUUUGAAAGUCGUUAGUGCUCAAGGAAGUGAAAAUAGCUCAAAGGAAGAUGGCGACCGAAAGUGCGGUUUUGACUUAUCAAGUUCUGCUUAUUUGUACACUUUACAUUCUUACGUUUGGUAGCCACGUUAGGAAACUAACCUCAGAUGACUUGAGAAAUAUAGGACAAUCCACGCAGAACAAUUUUAUUGCUGUGUUUUUUGAUAAACCCGAAGUUAGAAAGUCUUAUCCGCAGUUUUCAAGGGAAUUUGUUAAAUCGUCUGACGUUUUGGAGCCAUUUGGAAUCGAAUUAGCCCAGGUGGAUUGCUCCGAACAGCCGGUUAACCACUGUUCCUCAAAAGAUCAAAAAAUAUUUGUUUACAGGAGAGGAGAUCCAGACGUGUUAGAAGAACUUGAUCUAAGCUACAUGUUCAACGAAGAUUCAAUCGUGGCAAAUCUUCUUCAGACUGCUUUGAGUGGAGAUUUUAAUUACGUUUCUGACAAAGAGUCCUUUGAUGAACUUCUUUCUGAAGGCCAGGGAAGAAAAGAUGUUGUCCUCUGUUUUGUCAAAGGGCUUGGAAUGAAAGAGCAUCGCCACUUUCUAGAGUUGGUACAUUACUCUAAACAUGAUGCAAUUUUUGCAUUGACCACAGAGAGUGAAUUCACAAAGCAGUAUGGUCUCUCUACAGAUCACAAUGCAGAACUCUUUCUUUUCCACUGCAAGGAAAAGACAAACAGUAAAGGUCAAUGCCGUUUGACUCAGUUCAANCACUAA